AUGCGUUUCUCCACAAUCUCCGCACUGCUGUGUGCAGUCGGAGUACUUGCUGCUCCCAGCACAUCUCAAGAAGCCAAUGGACUCACCAUCAGCGAGGAUGGAAAGUGUGGUGGCUCCACCGGCCAGACAUGCUUGAACUCAUAUCUUGGUGACUGUUGCUCAAAAGCAGGCACUUGCGGUGAAGGUGCCUUCUUCUGCGGUCUUGGCUGUCAGAAGCAGUUUGGUGGUUGCCUUCCUACUUACAAGGGCAAGCUUGUUAGCCAGAAUGGUAUGUGUGGUCACGAUAUCACCUGCAAGGGCUCCAAGUUCGUCAUGACGGUUUCGGCCAACUCUACCACCAGCGCACCCUUGACGACUGCUCCUGUUGCUACUGGCGGUUCGGCUAGCCUCUCAACCUCGUCUGGAAAGUACACCAACACCACCAGCUCAGCAUUGACCACAAGCUCUGCUGCACCUACCUGGGCCUUCAACAACUGGGGCGGUAUCACAUCAGGACAUCCAGUCGCUACCAACACCACUGCCUGCUCAGUCAAGCCCACUUCUACCGCUACGUGUGUUCGUUGCGAGGGUCAGCCAGGAACUGACAAGUACUGUGGUCUCACCAUCAACGAUGACUCUUACGCCGUUGUCCCCAAGACUUGCAACCAGGUUGAGUUCAGCCUGGACUUGACUGAGUGUGUUGUCGCACCCGAUGGUAUCAGCCGCAAGGCUCUCUGUGUCAAUGGCCAGUUCCCCGGUCCCCUCCUGGAAGCUUCAUGGGGUGAUGAAGUUAUCAUUCACGUCACCAACUCCAUGACUCGCAACGGAACUUCUAUCCAUUGGCACGGUAUCAGACAGAACUACACCAACGAGAUGGAUGGUGUCGUCGGUCUCACCCAAUGCGCUCUUGCCCCUGGCCAAAGCAUGACCUACAAGUGGACCGCUGAAAGCUACGGAUUCUCCUGGUACCACUCUCAUUUGACUCUCCAGGCAUACGAGGGUCUCUUUGGUCCUAUGUACAUUCACGGUCCCAAGUCCGCUGAGUACGAUGUAGAUGCUGGCCAUCUUAUCAUCAACGACUGGUCUCACAUUCCCGUUGAUGACAUGUACAAUGAUGCGCAGGUUGCUGGCGUUAGAACAAUGGACACUGGAUUGAUCAACGGUAUGAACAUCAACCCUGUUGCCAAGGAGGGUACGCCUGCAGGUCAGCGCUACACUGUUCCUACCGAAUUUGUUCCCGGCAAGAAAUACUUGUUCCAGCUUCUCAACAGCGCCAUCCAGUCGACCUUCAAGUUCUACAUUGAUGGACACAAAUUCACUGUCAUCGCGGCUGACUUCGUGCCUAUCGAGCCUUACGAGACCACCGUCUUGUCCAUCAACAUCGGUCAACGUUACGAGAUCAUCGUCGAGGCUGACCAGGAAGUCGGUGACUACUUCUUGAGAUUCGACAACCAGAACGCUUGUGCUACCACCACCAACUCUGACGAUAUCAGAGGUAUCAUUCACUACGCAGGAAGUCCUGGCGUUACACCCAACUCGACUGCUCACACCUACCCUCGCAAGGAUAACGGUGUUGGUGGUAUCCUCGGUACCUGCGAGGACGAGCCUCUUGCCAGCUUAGUCCCUAUCCUCAAGAAGACAGUCAGCUCUCCCCAUCAGACUGUCCAGCACGACGUCGCUGUCUCAAACUCCAACGGUAUCAACCUUUACCGCUGGUACCUCGACGGCACCACUUUCCAGUCCAACUGGGGCGAUGCAACUCUCUACAGCAUCAUAAACAACGACACCAUCCCUACCUACUCAGGCGAUCUCGCUAUCUCUACUUCCCUUGGAGAGUGGGUCUACGUCAUCAUCGAGUCCCCCGUCCCGCUCGGUCAUCCUAUCCAUUUGCACGGUCACGACUUCUACGUUCUCGCAGCGGGAUACGGCAACUAUGGCAGUGGUACCGCCCUCAACCUCGACAACCCUCCCCGUCGUGAUGUCGCUUUCAUGCCUGGUGAUGGUCCCACUGGACAAGGCGGUCAUCUUGUCAUUGCCUUCUUCACUGACAACCCUGGUGUCUGGCUCAUGCACUGCCAUAUUGGUUGGCACGUGGCUAUGGGUUUUGCUCUUCAGUUCAUCGAAGGCCAAGAGCAGAUCAGAGAGACUGUCACUGAUACCUGCCUUGUCAAUGAUGUCUGCGCCACCUGGCGUCCUUGGGCUCAGGAGAAGGGUAUCUACGUCGAUGACAGUGGUGUGUAA